AAAAACAAGGGGUCGCCUUGGUGGUAUGUGCUGAAGUGAAUAACCGGCAUGAAGUUAGUUGUGUAGGUGGCAUUGCUGCUGCUAUAUUUCUCAGAUCUGAUCGAUUAUAUAUGCAGCGAGUCCGGGGAAAUGAUUUUGAUUAGGAAGUUUUUAUAUGUGUGCCGUUUAGGAGCUGCAAUUUACAAGUGAUCUGUGUGGGAGUACAAGUUAGGAAUGCAGACCAAGCGAUAUACGUGGUGGAGUUGUUGCUGCAUUAUUAUUUUGCGUUACAUUCUGCAAACACUUCAAGACUUAGUUUAUAUUGCUGUGUUUCGUUUUAAUUUCAUAAAGACUGCUUGUAUGCUUCGUUCAUGAUUGAUCAUCUCUUACUUGUUUUCUUUCUGCCCAUUGUUCACGAAUGCUGGAUCUGUGCUGACACGGUGUCAGUAUGCGUCACGGUACGUUUCAGAAAAACAGUUGAUUACUCCCCGCGAAAGCCUGAUUACCACUGUUUUGUACAUGGAUCUUCUAGGAAAGAAUCAGAUGCGUGCAUUUUUCAGAAGUUUCCUGUCGUUAGAAGGACAAUACAUUUGCUCUUUUCUGAUCCGGGUGAAAUCUUUUUCAUACCUGACAUAAGAACGAUGAUGCGACAAGUGACAACUGAUUGAUAGAAAGUGUGUUUGCUAUUAAUUUUGAACGUCUGGCUUUUGGGUGCCAGAUUAUGGAUCAGCAUCCAGUUGGUACUAUCACGGACCUGCAGUCAAUACUAGGGACUGGCACUUUGAAUGUGGUAGAGCAACAGAUUGUCAUUAUUUCAACUCCAGAUAAUGUGGACGAACCAACCACGUCCCAUGAGACAGAGAUCCUGCUAUUUGCCACGCCGCAAAACUCUGCUAAUGUGGGACAGAGGCCGACUUUGGGACGACCUCCGGUGAAGAGGAGGUUGGAUUUGGAGACAGAUCACCAGUACAUUGCAGAAGGAUGUCGCACUCCACAGAGGCAGGCAAAGAUCACACGAGGUGGCAAAUCUCCCGGUGAUAGGUCACGCUAUGACACCUCCUUGAAUUUGACCACAAAGCGAUUUUUGGAGCUUCUGAGCCAGUCUCCUGAUGGUGUAGUAGACCUGAACUGGGCUGCACAGGAGCUGAAGGUUCAGAAGAGACGAAUUUACGACAUCACCAAUGUUCUGGAAGGCAUCCAACUAAUCACAAAGAAAUCCAAGAACCAUAUUCAGUGGCUGGGCAGCAGUCUAUCAGGAGAUCUUACAGCUCAUUAUCAAGCACUUGUGGUUGAAGUCAAUCAGCUGGGAGAAGAGGAGAAGAAACUGGAUGAUAUGAUUAAAAAAUGCACUAUUCAGCUCAAGUUGCUUACGGAGGAUUCAGAAAAUCAAAAGUAUGCUUAUGUAACGUGUCAGGACCUCCGGAGAAAAGCAAAGCUUUCUGAACAGAGGGUAAUAGUAGUGAAGGCCCCUCCAGAAACUCAGCUUCAAGUCUGUGACCCGAAUGAGUCUCUUGGGAUUUCCUUGAAAAGCACAAAAGGACCCAUAGGUGUAUUUAUUUGUCCGGAGGAUGGCUCUGAUGACUGCAGUCCUGUUGGGGGCAUUAGUCCUUCAGAAACAGCUUGUGAACAACCUAAGCCCAGUACAUCCCAUGAAGUAGAGUCAACGUUAAUGCCUGUUCCUCAGAUUGCAUCAGCACCAGUAAAACAAGAACCUGUCCUGUCUAACGACGCCUUGCUGCCUUUGAAGUACAGUCCUGAAGCAGGCCACUUUUCACCGUUACCCUCAACUGACUCUUUUCUGGAGCACUUUCAUUCACCAGAUUUUCCCCUUAACUCAGCAGCAGAUGCAUUCAAAAGUCUUUCACCUCCCUGUUUUCAUGACUAUCAUUUUGGGUUAGAGGAGAACGAAGGCAUCAGUGAACUUUUUGACUGUGACUUUAGUGAUGACCUAACAUCGCUUUGUUUUGAGACCGACAGUAUUCUUUAAUGAAGCUGGAUUUCUUUUGCUGAUUUCCAAACAAAGCUACACUGACAUGAGAAUGUGUUUGCCACCAGUCAUCUGGCAAGACAUAACAUAAACUGUGGAAAACGUGUAGAGAAACAUUGUCAUGUUUGUGAUGUCUUAUCGUCACCUUUAUGGAACAGGCCUGUAACUUUUCUCCAAUGCUCAGCUGGGCAGUUACAGCACUUGAUCGUCAUAGCUUGUGUGCUGCUGCUGCUGCUGCUAGAUAGUGUCGGGCAGUUUGAGGUGAAAUCGCUUUGGAAGCUCUGAAGUAUGUAAACGUGGUCAAGCGGCUUGUUAUUGGGAGAGUUCGGCAUAGGAAAUGUAUUACUACAUUCAGAAACGUAGUAACAUAAGUUCUCCCAUAGUAUCAGCAAAUAAUGU